UUUUUAUUCAAAGGUUUCUUGCAGUGUCUGACGUGUACAAAAAUUAAAUUGCACGAUCACGAAUAGGUUAGAUCAUAAUAUUGGAUAAUAAACAUUUUUCUGUUAUUAAAGAAUCGUUUAAUCAUGCUCGAUUUAUUUACAAUAUUCAGUAAGGGUGGAAUUGUGCUUUGGUGCUUCCAAAGUACCUCACAAAUGUUUGCUCCUAGUGUUAAUGCAUUAAUUAGAAGUGUCAUAUUGCAAGAACGUACAGGAAAUCAUACAUUUGAAUACGAUUCAUUACGAUUACAAUACAAACUUGAUAAUGAGUUUGAAUUAGUGUUUGUUGUUGCAUAUCAAAAGAUAUUACAAUUGUCUUAUAUAGACAAGUUUCUAAAUGAUAUUCAUUUGGAAUUUAGAGAUAGAUUUAAAAAUGAAUUGGAGAAAUCCCAAUGGUUUUAUAAUUACGAAUUUAACAAAAAUUAUGAACAUGUACUUGCUAUGGCUGAACAAUGGGCACGGACUCAGGCUAAGAUACCUAAACAAAUGCGUACGUUUGAUGAAAGUCUAAAAUCAAAAAAGACUGUUGCUAGUAUGAUAGAAAGAAAAGAUGACAAAGAUAAUAAAAAACAGGGUAAAAGGAAGAAGGGAGUUAAUACUAAUAAAGAUGUUCAAUUGGAAGUUCAAGAGGUUCCAAAACAGGAGCUGCCAAAUAACCAAACGAAUCAUAAUGGAGAAAUAAAUGAGGAGAUUUUAAUUGCAAACCGCGUGAGAUUGGCUCAGAAAUUAAAUAAUCAAAAGAAAAAAGUUGAUAAGCCGAAGAGUCAGAAGCCUGAAAAGGCUGGUAAAAAACCCCGUGUGUGGGAAUUAGGUGGGACCACCAAGGAUCUUGCUACUUUAGAACGCACCAAAGAUAAACCGGAAGAAAGUGGUGAUUAUGUACCAGCUGAUACAACAUUGGUGGGUCAGAUGAAAGGUAGUAUUCGUGAUAUAGAAAUCGAAAGCGAAUCUGAAGAUGAAUCUGAUCAAGAAAUCGAGAAUUCCAAACCUCAAGUACAAAAGAAAACAAACAGUAUGUUCUCAAUGUUCAAAAGUUUGGUUGGUAAUAAGAGUUUGAAGCACGAAGAUAUGGCUCCAGUUCUGGAUAAAUUAAAGGAUCACUUGAUUGGAAAAAAUGUAGCUGCGGAAAUUGCUCAAAAACUAUGCGAUUCUGUUGGUGUAAAGCUGGAAGGAAAGGUACUGGGUACAUUCGACAGUGUAUCGAGUACUGUUAAGGCGACGCUAACAGACUCGUUAGUGCAAAUAUUGUCUCCGAAGAGACGAGUUGAUAUUCUUCGUGAUGCAAUGGAAGCUAAAAAAAGCAAUAGGCCUUACGUUAUGACCUUUUGCGGUGUCAAUGGAGUUGGAAAAUCGACCAAUUUGGCGAAGAUUUGUUUCUGGCUGAUAGAAAACAACUUCCGCGUGCUUAUUGCCGCAUGUGAUACAUUCAGAGCUGGCGCAGUUGAGCAAUUGAGAACUCAUAUGCGACAUUUAAAUGCUCUUCAUCCGCCAGAGAAACACGGAAAUCAGUCUAUGGUUCAGUUAUACGAAAAAGGGUAUGGAAAGGAUGCUGCUGGUAUCGCCAUGGAAGCGAUUCGUUUUGCCAGGGAUUCAAGAUUCGACGUAGUUUUAGUGGACACCGCUGGUCGAAUGCAAGACAAUGAACCGUUGAUGAGAGCCUUAGCUAAGUUGAUCAAAGUGAACGAGCCGGAUUUAGUACUUUUCGUCGGCGAAGCUCUUGUUGGAAACGAAGCUGUUGAUCAAUUAGUAAAAUUCAAUCAAGCAUUAGCCGAUCAUAGUCAAUCCACCAAUCCUCAUAUCAUUGAUGGAAUCGUGUUAACUAAAUUUGAUACAAUCGAUGAUAAGGUAGGCGCAGCGAUUUCUAUGACAUACAUUACUGGACAACCAAUUGUUUUUGUUGGUACAGGACAAACUUAUACAGAUUUAAAAUCAUUAAACGCAAAGGCAGUAGUACAUGCGCUGAUGAAAUAAUUGUUGAAUUUAUUGCAUAAAAGAUUCUUGAAUGGAUUGUUACUGAUAAAUUCAGGGGAUAAUAAUAAUAAUUAUCAUUACAAUAAUUAUUAUAAUUACAUACAAAAGAAAUUUAGCAAGAAUAAUAUAUUAUUGUAUCUAAAUAAGUAUUCUUCUUAAUAUCUCAACAAUUAUAACUUAGUGAUUAUGUUACGCUAAACGAUUCGAUAAAUACUGCUGUAAGAUUCUUAGAAACGCUGGCGUACUUUUAAAUCGGUUUAUGUUACAAGUGAUUUAUUGUACAAAUUUAUAGAAAGUUUUCUAAAAAAUACAAACAAUGGAAUAAAAGGCAA